GGAACCCACACAAGAACCGAGAACCUGGAACACCUUCGAGGCGCCUCCAGGCCCGCGACACGAGUCCCGUCCGCCCGCAGGUCCUGUCCUCGGCGCCUGCCUUCCCCAGCUCCUUUCCAUCCCCUUCCCUCGCUGUUGUUUCCCCCGGCCCCGUCCUCCCCACCGCGUGUACGUGUUGUGUGUAGCGGCGUAGCGGGAGAGUAGCGGCUGCGGCGGCGGUGCAGCAGCAGCGGCGGCGGUGGGCGUGGUGGCAGGAAUCGAUCCCCGAGCGGGUGGCUCCAGGAGACAGCAGCGGCGGCGGCGGCGGCGGCGGAAUUCAGUCAACAUGCCGGCUCCGGACCGGGCAGCGGCUCCCCGUCACCACGCGCUCUGAUGUGUCACCUUAGUGCUGCUCUGUGAUCCCCGCGAGACGCCCGCGCGAUCGCCCGCAUCCAAGCCCUUCCGUGUCCCUGCUUCUGCCGAAGAGGAAGAAGGAGCCUCGGCCUCGGCCCGCUCGGCCCUCUCGCUCGUUCGCUCGCGAUCCCUCGGAAACCUCUUCCCGAACGUGUGCGCUGACGAAGGGAAGGCCCGCCUUCCGCUCGUUCCUUCGGCAACCCUCCCGCUGCCACUCUCGCUCUCUCGCGCCAAAACGCCAAAAUAAAAAAGUUCCAUAGAGGGAAAGAGCUAAGCAAAGUGCAGUUGCCCCCCCCUCGAGAGCCCCCAGAGCCCAAACUUCGGCCUUCUGCCCGAAACAAGUGAGCCGAAAAUAGCGUCCGCCGUGCAGCAAGAGCCACAGAUUACCGACACGAUGGGCGGGGAGGAAGAGAAGACUCGUGACACUGACAAUCAGGCAGAUGACAGCAUCCGUGUCAUCUGCCGCUUCCGGCCACUCAACAAGUCCGAGGAGGCGGCGGGAAGCAAGUUCAUAUGCAGCUUCCCGUCGAACCGAGGCCAAGAAGAUCAGAUGGUCUCCAUUGGGGGGAAGGUGUAUCUCUUCGACCGAGUGAUCAAACCGAACAGCAGCCAGGAGAAAGUGUACGAAAUCGUAGCCAAAGACAUCGUCAAAGAUGUUCUCAACGGCUACAACGGAACAAUCUUCGCCUACGGUCAGACUUCCUCGGGAAAGACUCACACGAUGGAGGGGAAGCUCGGCGAUCCAACGUGGCAAGGCAUCAUACCCAGGAUUGUUCACGACAUCUUCAACCACAUCUACAACAUGGAGGAGGCCUUGGAAUUCCAUAUCAAAGUUUCCUACUUCGAGAUCUACAUGGACAAGAUUAGGGAUCUGCUGGAUGUAUCCAAGGUGAACCUCUCCGUGCACGAGGACAAGAACCGCGUCCCUUCCGUCAAGGGCGCCACAGAAAGGUUCGUCUCGUCUCCUGAAGAAGUGUUUGAGACGAUCGCCCUGGGGAAGUCCAAUCGACACGUGGCAGUUACCAACAUGAACGAGCACAGCUCCCGCUCCCACAGCGUGUUCCUGAUCCAAGUGAAGCAGGAGAACAUAGAGAACCAGAAGAAACUCCUCGGGAAGCUGUAUCUGGUCGAUCUGGCUGGCUCGGAGAAGGUGAGCAAGACAGGCGCCGAAGGAUCUGUUCUGGACGAAGCCAAGAACAUUAACAAGUCUCUGUCAGCGCUCGGGAACGUCAUUGCAGCGCUGGCUGACGGCAAGACCCACGUGCCCUACCGAGACUCCAAGCUGACCCGAAUCCUGCAGGAGAGUCUGGGAGGAAACGCCCGAACCACCAUCGUCAUCUGCGCCUCCCCAGCAUCCUUCAACGAGGCUGAGACCAAGUCGACGCUCGAUUUCGGAAAGAGAGCCAAGAACAUCAAGAAUUGCGUCUCGGUUAAUGAAGAAUUAACAGCCGAAGAAUGGAAGAGAAGAUACAACAAAGAGAAGGAAAAGAGCACCAAGCUGAAGGCCCAAGUGGAGAAGAUGGAGACGGAGCUGGCCAGGUGGAGAGGUGGAGAGAAGGUAUCGUCGGAGGACCAGAUCACGGUGGAGAUGGAGAAGUCGAUGGUGUCUUCGAUGGUGGAAGAACCCAAGAAGGCCGCCGCCCCGCCCGCGCCCAUGAGCAACGAGGUGAGGGAGGCGUGGGAGAAGGAGCGGGAGCAGCUGUACGUCAGCCUCGACGAGAAGGACGACGAGAUCAACCAGCACAGCCAGCUCGCCGAGAAGCUCAAGGAGCAGAUGCUCGAGCAGGAGGAGCUGAUCGCCGCCACCCGCCGAGACUACGAGGUGCUCCAGGCCGAGAUGGCGAGGAUCCAGGCGGAGAACGACGCCGCCAAGGACGAGGUGAAGGAGGUGCUGCAGGCCCUCGAGGAGCUCGCCCUCAACUACGACCAGAAGAGCCAAGAGGUCGAGAGCAAGUGCAAGGAGAACGAAUCCCUGAGCGAGGAACUGACGGAGAAGCAGACGGCGCUGACGACCAUGCAAGGCGAGUUGCAGCAGAUGAAGGACUCCUCAGUGCAUCAGCGACGCAGGAUGAACGAGAUGCUGUUCUCUCUCCUGUCGGAUCUCGGAGAAGUCGGGAACGUGGUCGGCGGCACGGCUGGGGAGCUGUCGGUUAAGAAUUCAGGAGACCCCAACAAACUAGAGGAGGAAUUCACAAUGGCGCGUCUGUACGUCUCCAAAAUGAAGAGCGAAGUGCGCAACUUGGUCCAGCGGUGCAGCACUUUGGAAAAUUUCCAGGGCGACUGCAACAAGAAGAUCGACGACUACGAGAAAGAGCUGAGCGAGUGCCGCCUCCUGAUCAGCCAGCACGAGGCCAGAAUGAAGACCCUGCAGGAGUCGAUGCACGAGGUGGAGGUCCGGAAGAGGCAGCUGGAGGAACAGGUGGACACCCUGACGGAGGACGUGACGAGGCUCAAGGCGGCCGAGGGACUGUCCAUAUCCGAGGGCGAGUCGAAGGAGGCCCUGGAGAAGCAGAUGGAGACCCACCGCGACCUCCACCAGAAGCAGGUCGUGCUACUUCGUCAGGAGAUCAAUCAGAAGCAGGCGCUCAUUGAGGAUCUGAAGGAUCAAAACCAGAAGCUGACCCUCGAACUCGACCAGCUGCGCGGUGAACACAACAAGCUCAAGGUCGAGGAGGCAGAGAAAAGUACAAGACUUCACGAACUCAUCGCCCUGAACGAGAGGCGAGAACAGGCUCACCAUGACCUUAAGGGCUUGGAGGACACGGUGGCGAAGGAACUCCAGACGCUGCACAAUCUCAGGAAGCUCUUCGUCCAGGACCUGCAGGCCAAAGUCAAGAGGUCAGCAGCAGGCGAGGACGAGGACAUCCUAGGCGGCUCGGUGGCUCAGAAGCAGAAGAUCAGCUUCCUGGAGAACAACCUCGAUCAGCUGACGAAGGUGCACAAACAGCUGGUCCGGGACAACGCCGACCUGCGAUGCGAACUGCCGAAGCUGGAGAAGCGGCUCAGAGCUACGAUGGAGAGGGUGAAGGCCCUGGAGACGGCGCUGAGGGAGGCGAAGGAGGGAGCCAUGAGGGACAGAAAGCGCUACCAGUAUGAGGUGGACCGCAUUAAGGAGGCGGUGAGACAGAAGAACCUAGCAAGGAGGGGCCAAGGAGCGCAUAUCGCCAAGCCCAUCAGAACAGGCCAGGCCAACCUCCUCUCUCGUCCGGGCGCCCUUGGUAUGAUGGGCAGGACACCCCCGCCCAACCCACAGCAACUUCGCUCCUAUGUCGCCACCAGCAGUUAAGACAAGCAACAAGGCUAAAGGAUGGGAGAGAUAACGAGCGAUAAAAAAGUGAUGUGAACUUAACUAAGAAUUACAAGACGGGCCAUUGUGGUUUCAUCCUUAACCCCACUGCUUUAGAUACCUGAAGUGUGUGCGUGGGUUCUGAAAACAGGUCAGGUCAUGUGCAUUAUGACUGACACACACAACCAAAAAAAUACCAAAACACGAAUAAAAUGUCUAUAAAAAAAAAAAAAAAUGUUUAAAAAUGAGAAAGUAAAAAAUCUAAAAAAAAAAAAAAAAAAAAAAAAAAGAAAUCAAGAUUAUGAUUUUCAUUUUCAGUUGAUGAUUUCAAAAUUUCUUUCUUCCCCCUCCCUUCCCUUCCCCCCCCCCCUCUCUCAUCGAUACUCACACCUCCCACCCCCCUCCCCCUGUCCUAUUAUCCAAACUCUUUACCUACGUGCCUAUUAAUUUCCCCCAUUCUUACCUCUCUUAACCAAGCUAGUUACCCACACCCCCACCCCCACCCCCACCCCCUUUAAAAAAAUAUAUAUCUAUGAUUUUGACCCAUUCUUUUAUGUACGGUAAUAAUAGCACCCUGAACUGUGAUUUAUCUAGUACCUUUUGUAGCACUACAUAGGCUGUUUUUUUUUUCUCCAAAGACACAUUGGUAACACUAUAUGUCCUCUUUUUUCAAUUUUAUUUUUUUAAUCUCAUAUUUUUCUUUCCUCCUCAUGUAUAGACUCUCGUAUAAGGAUAAUUUCCUGUCGGUGAUACUGUAUUCCUUAUUGUUUAUACAUAUAUAUGAAUAUAUUUAAGACUAUUUACCAAACCAGUGAUUUUAUGUCUACUCAUGGAAUUAAUAUAGUCAUUUACUAUAGCUAGCUUUAAUGGUUAUGAUUUGCUACUAAACAUAUGCACGACUGUACUUUAAUUAGCUGAUAAGUGGUCCUUGGUAAAUAUUUGUUAAUGUUCGGAUGAUAGAAAAGGUAACUUAUAUUGAAAAUGAUGAUGAUGAUGAUGAUGAUGAUGAUGAAUAAAUGGUAGCGUGAAUCCUAAUAAUUCAGAGGAAAAUGAUGAUGAUGAUGAUAAAAAAAAUAAUGAUGAAAUAUUAAUAAUGAUAAUGAAAACUUGGAAAUACAUAGAAAUAUAAAAGAAUAUCCAUUGCAUGAUCCAUGAAUAUCUGCAAUAUAUAUUUUUUUUUCACUCUCUCUCUUCAAAGUUUUUUUUUUAUUGUAGGAUCAAUAGACGAGGAAAUCAAAGGAAUGAAUAUAAGCAGAUGUCCAGAUAUGAAUGUAAUAAAAUAAAUCACACGAAGACAAGUUAUUGUUGUCAUCCUUUUAUUCACACAUACGUCGGAAUUUCUUUGUUGUUGUUGUUAUUGUCGUUGUCAAA